AUGAUUGUAGCAACUUUAGACAUUGUCAAGACAUUUCCGACCCAAUUUUCCUAUGAAUGUGAAGACAAGAAAUGUCUGUAUUCCACUGAUACAAAUAAUAUGUUAUACUAUGAUCCCGUCGAUUGUAUCAACAAAUGUCGAGCCUCUGAUCAAAAGAAAAAAGGCAGUAACCUCUCGGAUAUUGCAACGAUGACAGUAGCGUCCUCAUUAAAUGGCACGUGUAUUGAUUGUGCGCUUCAAAUUACAUCCACGUAUGAUUUUCCCCAAUUGUUUACGACAUUUGACCUCACCCCAGCGUCAGUGAGAGCUUCAAAGUGUAGUUUUACGUGUGAAAUUACGUUGGAUACACCAACACUUUGGGUACUGGAAGGAAAAAUGUCUGACUGUACCGUCGGUACUUUGGAUAUGGUAGUGGAUUGUACAAGAGACGGUAAUGUGACUAUUAUGUCCCUUGAUGCUGAUGCAUUGGACGUUCUUAUGACAGAACGUCACAGUUAUGAGUUUCUAGUGGAUCACGUGACAACGAGACUUGGACCAGGAACAUUUGCAGAGGAUUCAAUAUUGUCAAUCAAGUUUGAUGGUACAGGUUGUCUUGCAUCGACGAGGGGGAAUACAGGAGCUAGUAGACAACAGGCUUUUGAAUUGGACUUGACGUCCAAGGCAUAUAACCUCACUGGCACGUUUACACAUACGACAAUGACAGCAGAUAAUCCUAUUAUUAUGACCUCGACUUUUGUGACGCUUAGUGUCACGAGUGGUGCGGUCUUAAGUGCUGGUGCUUUUUUCUUGCUGCGUGUUGCAAGUGACAAGGAGAAGGAGUUUGGAGAGUUGAUUGAAAAUGUGUCGACAGCUUCCAUGUUGCUACCCGACAUGGACAGUUCUGAGCGUGUUAAUUUGGAACUAUUUGUGGGAGCUUCUAACAUUUCAUUUACGAUCCCAGACUCGUUCACUGGUAGUAUUCAGAACGGCGAUAGGGUGAACAUUACGUUUGGAAAGUUUCGAAACCCGGCCAAUGACUCUGUCGCUAUUGACAAACUGUAUCUUUCGGCGUACCAAGGUCUUGCGUCUGCUGUUGACAAAUCGCCUAUUAAAUUUUACAGACUGGAUGAUGCACGUCGGUCGCUUAAAGCUGCACCGCUGGACAUAAUUACCGUGGCGGUUUACGGCGCAUGUUUUUUGUUCUCACUGGUGAUCAUUCGCUGGCACGGCUUGCCAUUAACAGUGAAUACACUGUGGACGGAUUUAGUGGCUAUCACAGCACUGUUUUCGUUUGCAGCGGGGACCGGUGGGUAUCUUGUGUGGGUCAUUCAACCGUCCAAGGCUUAUGUUCAUUGGUAUACAGCGCAGUAUUUCUUUAACACUGCAAUGAUACUGUCACUAUGUUUCCACUGGGCGACUGUGCUGUCGUUUAAGUGUUUCAAGAAACUGAGCUUCACAUCCCCUGUCGUGUUGGCGUACGUUUUGAUCAAUGCCUGCGUGCUGGCCUUCAUUGUCGUGGUAUCAGUAAUGACUGAAGAAAAAAUGGAGUGUGUGUACGACGUGAAGUCCACGUCAUGUUCGUCUGCAGAGGAGUGUGCACUGUCGAUAGCUGCUGAGGGCAUGAUUGUUCGGUCUGCCAUCGAAGAAUGUGAUAUGGAGGGAUUCUACUUGGCCUUUGGCACGGGUCUCAUCGUGUACACACUUAUGUUGAUGAUACUUGGUUGCAUGGUCAUGAGCCGUGGACGAACGCUAAUGCUAAACGAGGAUCCGUCUGACGCGAGAAUCCGCAAGUCUCUUACGAUCUUUUACGCUAUUAUCGCUACGACAUGUGUUCUCUACGUAUCAGCGCAGGUUAUCUAUAUCGCACAGUAUGUCUCGCACGAAGGUGAAGAUAACCAGCUGUCAGACGUGGUAUGGUAUAUUUUCAUUGUGUGGUUGCCACACAGCCUUCCACCGCUAUUACUUCUGUUUUUGCAGUGGAACCCAAGCACAGAGAACUUCCGGCAGGACGAAGCACCGUCGGUUGAUCAGUCGUCAAAGGAGGAUGUAUUUAAUUACACCCCACGUUCGUCUGGAUCGUCAAGUCAUAUGCCGUACUCGAAAUUGUUGCGCGAUCGUUUAAGCAUGGGAGAAUCGAUACUUAACAGCGAUGAGCCUGGCAGUCGGUUGCGAAUCAUCGUGCGGCUUAAGCUACCCCCAACAUUUGACCGUGCGUGUUUUGUGUCGCUUGAUUUUUACUCGUCAAAGGAGACGAUUACAUCCAGCAACACGCUCAAUAACAUUUCCAACGCUGCUGCAUGGAAGUGUGUGGGCACAACGGAGCCAGUUGGUGUGGCGGGUGAAACGGAAUCAGUGUUGAAGACAGGCUCAACACACACUAUUUUUCCUUUUGUUGCCGUGCUAGAGGUGCCUGUAAUUGGCCCUGCUUCCAAGACAUUGCUACGUUUUAUGGUGCAUGCUAGUACACUUGGGAAACGGGAUACGUUUUCACCUUGUUUGGAUCGUUCAAGUUUAAGUACACGGAGUCAAGAGACGGCUUCGAAUCCACAGCUGUCGUUUCAGAUGACGAUGUUCCAUCCCGUGCUGGAGUUUGUUACUUCGUCUCAGGCCGUGCUAGACGCAGCAGCGAGUGGUCACUCGCUGAAUAUUCACCCAUCGGACGAAAACACGUGUGCUAUUUUGGAGGAGUUUCCUUCAUUGCAGAGUGAGAUCAACACUAUGUUGAAGGGGAACACCAAGAACGCGGAGCUGAGUGUGCAGACAGUCAUGAUGCCUGGCGACAUUUCCAACCGUGAUGAUGCUGCAUCUCACAAGAACAUCGGUAAUAUCAUCCGAUUCUUCCAGUAUGACACGGAAGAUGGCGGUGGUGGUCUUGUUGUAGAGGACCUGCAGGAAAGCGUUUACGCGAAUGCGAUUCCGCGCCAGUUGAUCGAGCUGAUUGCGGCUGAGCGUCAGGAGCAGGCUGAUCGUGCACGUGAAGACUUGCAUAGCUUCCUCAAUCAGAAGAAGGGAAAGCAGAAUAUGGGUUUCUAUGGUACAUUGAUCGGCCAGAUUCAGGACGAUACUGAUUCUUCGCUUGCUCGCGAGUGGCUUGAGGAGCGUGUACGACGACGCAAAGAAUAUGUGACAAUGCUGCGCAGAAAUAUUCAGUACUUGGUAAAUCGUGACAAGCACAAAAACUAUUUCAAGGCCAGUGUAGAGAAAAAGUCAUCUGAGCUUCGGUUUGUGCCUAUUAACAUGCACAUCCAAGAUCUACUGAUUGGGCCUACAAAUGCGUUUAUCAACGAUGAAAGGAGGAGGUCCUCGAAGGAGGUUUCUGCAUACGACUUCACAACUGUCGGUGCUCCCGCAGCACAUGUCUACAAGUUUAACAAGGGUGGCAUUCUCUCAUACCAGAAUAGACGCAAGAAAAUGGAGGCCAAAAUUGCGGAUGCUGACCUGGAUCUAUCCAAGUGGCCCGAGGAAGUGCGUGAGUACGAUGAUCUGAAAUGGGACCUGCAGCUGCGAAUGGACUGUGCGUUUGCUCAAGCUUUGGCAGCGCUCACCUGUAGUUUCGUGCGAAAGGUGGAAGUUGCAAUUCAAAAUCCAGAUGUUGUCCGAGGCGAAGACAUUCUGCGCCAGUUUUCCAGCCUUGGCUUUCUCUUCCAGGUUGAGUCGCUGCUGUCUACGCAUGGCAAGGAAAUAGGCAUGUUAGAAGACAUGGCAGGUUCUGUAGAGCACUUGAGCUGUGUGGCGUUUGUACUUCAAGAUGUCCGCGACAAGCCUAUGAACCGUUUCUCGUUCCGCAUGUCCCGGCGCAAGGAUGUUGCUGACGAGGCCGGUGUUGUGAAGGUAACGGUCUCGAACAAGACGGGGACGAAGCGAUCUCAUGUAAAGUACAUUGUGACGGUUCAGGUUGCCACUAGUGAAGUGGAACUUCCCGAGCGCCUCGCUGCUGGUGGUGAGAUCCAGGUGACGCCUGUGCUGUUUUCACAGGGCAUCAAUGAAAUGCAAACGAUUGCUAACAACACGGAACGAGCGAAAACGGAAUUGCAGGACAUUAUCAACUUCCGCAGUCUCAAGCCUCUUAAGACUUUCUGCGAGAAGUAUCGUCGUCUUGUAGUAGCCAUGCCUCUUAACGGCUUGACUGGCUUGUCUGCAGGUCGAAGCCGCGCCGGAUCUCGCCGGUACAAGGCGAUGUCUCUCGACUCAACAGUUACGUCACCUUUGCAUCUCACACAGGAUGAGGUAACGCAGGAACUGCGUGCACUCGAGACAUGCAUCAACGAAGCGGCACAGAGCCUGGUAAAGACGAAGCGUACGGAGAUUUUGAAGCGUUCAUCGGACUUGUGUCGAGAACUUGGCGGUGGACGUGUCACAGUCUGCAAGAGUGCCAAAGAUCGUACAGCCAUGUCGGUGACGUUAGAGCAGGUGCGUAUCUUGCAACGCCAUCAUGACUUGCCAGCCCAUCGGGUUCCAGCUACUGUUUCCGUUAUGCGAAGUCACGGUGUGCGUAUCGAGAAUGCACUCAAGAAUACGGGCAAGCGUCAGUUUGCUUUCAACAAACUGCAGCGUUCCCUAUUGCCAGAAGAUUAUCGCUGUCCUGAUCAAGUGGGUGGUACGGGUAACGUCAGUUGA